GCUGUAUGCAUCUCCUUUCGCGUUGCGCAUUCAAUCGGUCAGUCGGUCGAAGCUUUUACUUGGGGAAGGAGUGAAGAGCCUAGCUAAUUCUGAGGAGUUUGGUUACAUUCCGUGGGUGCUUUAUCGAAUUGGAACCAGAUGGAAAUGGAUUUGGAUCCCAGAGUGAAGCUGCUGCCCUACAAAGUCAAGGCAAUGUCGAGGGAGUCCCCGGCCGCGAAGGGCGCGAACGUCCUCGACCCCGAUUUACGGACGCAUUGGUCUACGGGAACUAACACUAAGGAAUGGAUUCUUCUCGAGCUUGACGAAUCUUGUCUCUUGUCAAAUGUACGAAUCUACAAUAAAUCUGUCCUUGAAUGGGAAAUAACAGUUGGAUUACGGUACAAGCCUGAAUCAUUUGUCAAGGUUCGUCCACGAUGCGAAGCUCCAAAGCGUGAUAUGAGUUAUCCUACAAACUACACACCAUGCCGCUAUGUCCGUUUAUCUUGUCUGCGUGGGAACCCUAUAGCGGUAUUUUUUAUUCAGCUGAUCGGCGUAUCUGUCAAAGGACUGGAGCCAGAGCUCCAACCUGUUAUAAAUUAUGUACUACCACAUAUUUUAUCACACAGACAAGAUGCUAAUGAUAUGCAUCUUCAGUUGCUGCAAGAUAUAGCAGGCCGGCUGCUAGUAUUUCUUCCACAACUUGAGACAGAGCUUACUACGUUCACAGAAACUCCUGAUUCCAACAUUCGAUUUUUGGCGAUGCUUGCUGGGCCAUUUUAUCCUAUCCUGCAAAUUAUAAAUGAGAGGGAAGCUUUGAAGGGAUCUGUUAUUUCUUCAGAUCCAGAAGUUUCUAGAAACAGUCAACCAUCUACUGUAACCGUGUCCUCAAAUUUUGAGGUUCAGUCUAGAAGAUCACGCAAUCAAUCAAUGUUUAUUCAGCCUGGUUCAUGUUCCAUAGCAUUUCGUCCUGAUGCUACUAUCUUACUGUUAAGAAGAGCAUUCAAGGAUAAACCUCUAGGAGUUCUUUGCCGAUCAGCUGCAUUAGCUCUGCAAAAGAUUAUAGAUCCGAUUAUUACCCAAGUGCAGCCUACACCCAAUAGUGACUCAGCAUCAUCUGCGGAAUUCGACGAAACAACUGUACCUUUAAUGCUAAUGCCAUUUCAUGCACAUACUGCUGACUAUUCAAUCUUGUUCGGAGAAGAAUUUAAAGUACCUAAUGUGGAUUGGAAUGUUGAUAUCGUGAACGUGCUCGAUAUUGCUUCGGUUGAAGAAGGCCUUUUCCAUGUUCUCUAUGCUUGUGCAUUACAUCCUCCAGUCUGCUGCAAGUUGGCUGAGAGUAACUUUGAGUUUUGGUCGAUGUUGCCACUUAUACAAGCAUUGCUCCCAGCCCUGCGCCCUCCUGUUAGUAGUCUAGAUCGAGUGGAUGAGUCCUUUGGGCAGUGGAAGCAUCCUUCUAUUGAGCAUGCUCUUUCACAGAUAGUGCUGAUGUCUUCAUCAACCUACCACCCGCUCCUCCAUGCUUGUGCUGGAUAUUUGUCCUCUUACUCUUCAUUACAUACAAAGACCGCUUGUGUGCUUAUUGACCUCUGUGCUAGUUUGUUUUCACCAUGGAUAUCAACCAUUACUGCAAAGGUAGAUUUGGCAAUUGAGCUUAUGGAGGACCUCUUGGGUAUAAUCCAGGGACCUCAUCAAUCCAUUCACCGGUCUCGUAUUGCUUUGAAAUACAUCUUAUUGGGCUUGUCAGGACAAGUAGAUGAUAUAUUAGCGAAGUAUAAGGAACAUAAACACAAACUUCUUUUUAUCAUUGAAAUGCUAGAACCCUUUCUUGAUCCUGCCGUAUUGUCUAUGAAUAAUUCUAAACUUUCUGGAGAUGUAUCUAUUAUCUUUUUGGAAAAGCAAGAUAAUAAUUGCUUUUUCGCACUUAAUAUUAUCCGUGCAGCUGUGAGAAGGCCUACCGUUCUUCCCUCCUUGGAAUCUGAAUGGAGACGUGGAUCUGUUGCUUCAAGUGUGCUUCUUUCCAUCCUUGGACCAAAUAUGCCACUGCCCUUUGAUAUUGAUCGCUUCAAAUGUUCUACUGCUGAAGUUGUUGACUCGGGGUUAUUUAAAGGGCCAUCAAGCUCUUCUUCUGUUUCCCCAAAUGUACAUAUUUCCAAAUUCAGUAAUUGCAGUGAUGUAGAUGGAAAGGUUGAUGGAGCUGAUACUAUUAAAUUGGAUGUCCUUGAAGAGUCAGGAUUUUUAUUUGCUCCCCAAGGAUUGAAAAACACACCCUUGAUGAACUUCUCUAAACAUUAUACAGGAGGUUCUAGAGGGAAUGAAGAUAAAAAUAUUGAAAAUUGGACGUUGAUGGACAACUUUAAGUUGGAGGGUGGGUUCUUUUGUGAUUACUUAAAUAUGAAAGUGGAUUAUCUAAAACUGGCAAAUCUCGAUGACUGUGAGCUCAGAGCUGCUGAGUUUCAACAGCUAGGGCUAGAUUUAUGUUCGCAGGGUGAUGUUACUGCAGAAGGCUAUGAUGCUGCAAUAGAUGCUUUUAUAUUAGCUGCUGAAUGUUAUAUCAAUCCUUAUUUUAUGUUAUCUGUCACGCCCAAUUCUAAGCUUUCUGAACACUUGAAUUUUAUCAAAUCUCUGAUGAACCAAAGCAACAGCAUUAUGAAACUCAAAAAAGACUUCCUGAAAACUGCAACUGAUUUGGAGAUUAUUUCUCAUCUUGAAAGAAAGCGAGACAAAACUGUUAUAGAGAUUCUAGUUCAGGCUGCCAGUGUGAACAAGGAACACAUUUUAAGGCAAUCAAAGUCUUGUCCAGAUGAUAUUGUGCACAGACAACAGGACUUAAACAUACUCCCCCUUGAUCUUAAGGCUGUUGAUGCAGUGACAUUACUUAGGCAAAAUCAGAGUUUAUUGCUUGAGUUUGUGAUUCAGCAAUUGCAAAGAGAGCAACAUUUGUUACAUGAUGUUCUCCUCCAGGCUUUGUUGUUUCUUUUGCAGUCUGCAACGGAGCUUUUGUGCCCUCCCGAGGCUGUGGUAGACAUAAUUCUGUUUUCUGCCGAGAACCUUAGCUUGCUUCUCAUGUCUCUGUAUAGUAAAGUUGAAAAAGAACCUUCACAUUUUGAUUUGGAAAAGUUGCAUGGGCUGCACAGGCGCUGGUUGCUUCUUGAAAGAUUAGUUAUAGCAUCAUCUGGAAGUAAUAAUGAUUUAAUGUCUAGAAAUGUUACCUAUGGCCAAAAAAAAACUCAAUAUAGAAGUUUAAUUCCACUUUCAUCAUGGAUAAACAUGAUAUCGAAGUUUUCAAAUGCAAGUCCUAUUUGUCGUUUCCUUGGGUGGAUGGCUGUGUCCUGUUAUGCGAAACAAUUUCUGAAAGGACAUAUGUUCUUUGCCUCAGAUCUGUCACAACUUACUUCGCUGCUUACUGUUUUUGCUGAUGAACUUGCAUUUGUGGAUAAUACAUUACAGCUGAAAGUAGAAGAAUCAACACAUUUCAAGCAGUCUGAAGCCUUUGCACAUUUGCAAGCUGAGAGCCAAUGCACACAUUCAAAUACCUCAGAACAAAGGGAUUCUUUUCACUUGCUUUAUCCUUCUCUGCAUAAAUUUUUUCCUAACAUGAGCAGGCAAUUUAGAACUUUUGGAGAGAGAAUUUUAGAGGCUGUUGGCUUACAACUUAAAUGUCUUCCUUCCAGUUCCACUCCCGAAAUACUUCGUUGGUUUUCUGAUUUAUGCAUAUGUCCAUAUUCUGUAGCAAUAAAAAUUCAAGAUCUAACCACUGCAAGCUCUUUUGAUUGUUUGAAAGGAUAUACUGCUACAAAUGCUAAAGGGGUAGUCCUUUACCUAUUGGAAUCUCUGGUUACUGUGCAUAUGAAAUCAAUGCUUCCUGAGAUGACUAGGGUAGCACGGAUAUUGAUAUCACUUUGCAAAACCUCAUAUUGUGAUGUGGCAUUUCUUGAUUCUGUACUUCGUCUUCUGAGGCCUCUUAUUUCGUUCUCUCUAAAAAGGCUCAAUCUCGAUGAAAAGCUAUUGGCUGAUGCUGCAUCUUCUAAGGAUUUUGAAUUAUUAAAUUUUGAAGAACUAUUUGAUAGUAUCAAAAACAAGAGAGACUUGCAGGAUGGUUCUGGUGAGGAUAAAUUUCAAGGAUCAUUGAUGAUCUUUAUUUUGGGUACUCUCUUUCCUGAUUUGUCCUUGAAGAGGAAGAUUGAUAUUUUGCAGUCGUUGUUGCUGUGGGUUGGCUUUACUUCAGAGCAGACCACCUCGUUCUAUAAUUACCUCUGUGCUUUCAAGAAGGUCUUUGAUAGCUGUGAAAUGUUAUUGGAGCAACAGUUAGAGCAGUAUGGAUUUCUUUUACCCUAUGAGGGACUACAUCUAGUGGGACCACGUGAAACUGUAAGCCUUCAAGGCAAGGCAGACCUAUCUUCUCCUUUUUCUGAUAAUGGAGAUCAGAGAGUCACAGAACAGCCUGCACAUGAGUUUAACAGUAGUGAUACUCUUGCAGACCUCCCAGAUCUAGAAAUCCAUUACAUAUCGAAUGAAGAAAUGAAAGAAUUCCUGGAAGUGUUGGAAGCAUUAGUUCUGAAGCUUAUUCCAGAAAUUGAGAAGAGCUGGAAACUGCAUCAUAAGUUGGCAAACCAACUCACAGUGAAGAUAGCACGAUGUUUCUUGUUAUGUAGCUGCUUGAAAUUUGUUUGUAUAUCAGGUUUUAUCACAAAUUAUUGUAAUGGUGGAAGCCUGUCUGACCAUGACCUUCCUGAUAUUUGGAAGAAUGGUCUGCAAGGCUUUACAAAAGCCAUAUUAGCUAUUCAGGAAAAUGAAUGCUGGCAAACAACAUCUGCCAUGCUGGACUUUCUUUUCAGGUUGCCGCAAACCAUCUCUCUUGACCAUGGUCUCUGUAAUAUAUGCUCAGCAAUAAAGUUUUUUUGCCUUCGUGCUCCAAUGAUAUCAUGGAGAUUGCAGACAGAUAAAUGGCUGACCUAUUUAUUUGUGAGGGGUAUGGGAAAUAUUGAUGCAUUGGAUGAUUCCUUGGUUGAUUUGUUUAGUACAAUGCUUUCUCAUGCUGAACCUGAACAACGAGCUGUUGCACUGCACCACCUUGGAGUAAUGGUUGGGUUAGACACCUAUGAUGGAGCAGCCAUGCUAUCAUGUAAAUUUCGUUCAAAUUUGUGUGGGUCUGAACCAGCUACAUCUCUUCCCGAGUCAUUCAUUUCCACUUUGGUUUCAAAUACAUGGGAUAGGGUGGCAGCCUUAGUUUUGUCCGAACCUUCUAUGAUAUUAAGAUUACAUGCAAUGGCACUCUUGUCCGGUUAUGUUCCCUUUGUGAUGCGUCCACAGUUGCAGUCAUUUUUUAUUUCAGCGAGUAAUAUCUUGCAGUGUAUGGGAAAGCUUACCCCCUUAAUGGAGGAAGGCCAUUUAACGCGUCUUUCUUUAAGACUUCUUGCAAAUGCAUGCCUAUACUCUCCUGCUGAGGAUAUAGCAUUGCUACCUGAAACUAUUUGGAGAAAUAUGGAGCAGAUAGGAACUUCCAGAACAGGAUGGCUUGAUGAUGCAGAGAAGAACGUAUGUUUGGCUUUGUGCAGGCUUCAAACUGAGUUAGUUGGUGGAAAAGUGGCUCUCAAGGAAGCAUUGUCAGCCACUUCAACUACGAGGUUAGGUGAUGCUAAUUUUCAAAGUGUUCGGGAGUCGAUUUUUGAGGUUCUUCCCUCUUUAGCUUCUACUCGUGCAUACUUUGAUUUCUUUUCUGAGAGAGCUGAUCGAGAAUCCCAGGAGCUAGAAGAAGCUGAAAUUGAAAUAGAUCUUCUUCAAAAAGACAAGGCGAUGCAAGAAGUACUUGGCAAUUUAAAGGAGGACUAUAUAACUUAUGAUAAGGAUGAUAACCGUCUUCAACAAAUAAAGGAUAACAUCCAGUCAUUAGAGCGUUCCAAACUUAAAGAAGAAGUUGCAGCCCGUUUGCAAAAGAAACUUGUCAUGAGACAUGCUCGUCAAAAAUUUUUGGAAGAAGUAGCUUUAAAAGAAAUGAAACUUCUGGAAGAGCUUGAUAGGGAAAGGAAACAGGAAUUGGAGCAGGAGAUUGAGAGACAACGGCAAUUGGAACAUGAGCGUGCUAGGACAAGGGAACUUCAAUUUGAGCUUGAUAUGGAAAGGGAAAGGCAAAGCCAGCGAGAGCUUCAAAGGGAAUUGGAACUGGUGGAAUCUGGGGUUCGGUCAUCUUGGAGGGACUUCUCUUCUAAUUCUAGCAGUCGGCCGAGGGAAAAAUUUCGGGAACGUGACAAUGUGAGGUCAGGACUUGAGGGUCUAAGACCUGCUAGCAGAGGACAUGAAACCGUUAGCUCAGUACAAACAGCUGGUUCCUCCUUCAACGCAUCAUCCACACCAUCAAUGGUUCUCUCUGGUUCAAGGUCCUUCUCAAAUCAGCCUCCAACUAUAUUGCAGCCGAGGGACAGACCCGUCGAACGCAGCAAUGCUACUUUUGAAGACAAUCUCGAGGGAAGUAGGGAUUCAGGUGAUGCAAAUAGCAUUGGUGAUCCUGAAUUAUCUCUAGCUAUUGACGGGUUGGCCGGUGGAUUUAGUUCGACAUCAAGACGAGGCAGCAAGUCAAGGCAAAUCAUGGAAAGGAGAGAGAGGGAAGGGAGGCGUGAGGGGAAGUGGGAAAGAAAGCAUGGUUGAGAACAUGGGAGAACAAAUCUAAGAAAUAGCCUUGAAACACAUCUUUUGCUGAAGAUACGUUUCCAUGAAAAUCUUCUCAAGUUGGCAUUCAUCAUAUCCGAAGGAGUUGUCUGCAGCAUGACCGCACAAUGUUUUCCCAUAUGCUGAGCUGAUUUGUGAGCACUUCAACUUUUCCCCUCAUCGUUUUGAUGUUAUUGAAAAAAUUGGAAUCAGUAUCAGAUCUUGAAUUUGGCCGAUGGAGAGCCUGUGUCCCUAGGCUGUGUUUUGAGCUCAACCGAUGUCCUGGAAUUUGGUAGCUGUUCUGAAGAAAAGUUGAAUGCAUCCAAAUUCUUGUUGGGCGUACCCAGCAUAUUGGUCGUUGGAGUCUAGCUUUGUAUCGAAAGCAGCCUUGUAGAUUCUGCACUUUACUUUAAAAGUCGUUCCUUUUCAUGGCCUGUGGAGGAUGGAACUUUUAUCAGUGUGCCUGUAUGGUGACAUUAUGUGAAGCUUGCAUUUUAUCCUGUGAGAUUGCGUUAUGAGUCUUAGACAAUUGAUUUAAAUUCUGAACAUUGCCUCUUCUAUGAUAUUAUAUUGUAUGAUAUUAUAUUGAAACAUUAUGUAAAGCUAUUCCAAGUUA